CGGAACCUUCGAGGUUUCUCGAUAUUUUCUCUACGGAUCCAAAAUACAGUUGCAAUCACAAUAAAAACGACUAUCGGCACUGUUUCUUUGUUCUGUUCCAGCGGUUUUGGGAUAAAUGCCCCUUUCAGUCCAGCACAUUGAGCUUGAAUCGUGUAUUUUGUGUGAGAAUUGAACGGUUGUUGUUGAGAUCAUGGGAGUGCACGGACUGUGGAGGCUGCUGGAGAGCACAGGGAAGCCCAUCAACCCCGAGACACUCGAGGGAAAGAUCCUUGCUGUUGACAUCAGUAUAUGGCUGAACCAGGCAGUGAAAGGGGUGAGAGAUCGUGAAGGCAACAGUGUCCAGAACGCCCACCUCCUAACCCUCUUUAACCGCAUCUGUAAGCUGCUCUUCUUCCGCAUCAGGCCAGUUUUUGUGUUUGAUGGAGACGCCCCGCUGCUCAAGAAGCAGACCCUGGCUCUGAGAAGGCAGAGGAAGGAGGAGCUGACCCGUGAGUCCAAGCAAACAAAUGAGAAACUUCUUAAGACAUUCCUGAAAAGACAAGCUAUUAAAGCUGCCCUUGGGGAUCAGAGCAAAGAUCCACUCCCCAGCCUCUCCAGUGUGAGGAGAAAUGAGGUGGAUGAUUUGUAUGUUCUACCAGCACUUCCACCUGCAGAGGAGAAAGAAAGGAGCAGCUCAGAGGACGAGGAGGAAAAAGAAAGUGAGGAAGUGGCUGCAAGUUUCCAUACGUAUCAGGAAGAAUUUUAUGAAGACCCAAACUCAGUGGACAUCAACUCAGAGGAGUUUGCCAACCUGCCUCCUGAGAUGAAACAUGAGAUACUCAAAGAAAUGAAAGAGUUUUCCAAAAGACGUCGGACCAUGUUCUACAGGCCCCCAGAAGGUUCAGGAGACUUUUCUCAGUACCAGCUGGCCGGUCUGCUCCAGCGGAACCGACUGAACCAGCGUCUGGAGGGAGUUGAGAAAGAGAUGAGCCAGCGCAGCGCCGGCGGCGCCCCGGAGCUCUGCCAGCCGGGCGACGACCAGCAGGGUCACAGCGUGGAAUCCAAUCGACUGGUUUCAGAAGACAACUCGCAUUAUAUCCUCAUCAAAGGGUCCAAGAAGAAAGAGGUGAACCCGGAAAGCCGACCUGCCGCUGCCCCCUGGUCGGGGAGCUCGUUGUCAGGCUGCAGGAAAGGAAAGGCGGAUAAACCCGAGCCCCUGUGGCGGCCCGUCGGCGAGGAGGAAGAGGAAGUUCAAGCCGCUCCCUCAGAAGACGCCAAACCUUCUGCGUCCAGACCGUCUCGGGAAGGCACGCCUCCGCCCUCGCCGCGGACACUCGAUGCCAUCCAGGCUGCCAUGAACGACAGCUCAGAUGAGGAGAAGGCGGGCCGAGACAGGAGCGACGGCCGAGUGUCCCCACGUACGCUCCUGGCAAUCCAGCAAGCCCUAACUGAGGAGGAGGACGGUGCGAGGAGCUCAAGCAUCGAGCGGCAGGAAAAUCUACAUCCUAAGGCACCACAAGUGGUCAUCAGCUCCUCUGAGGACGAGGCACAACCCUCACGCAAAGAAAAAUAUGAGUUAAUGCCUAAUGUGACGGCCCAAAGUUUACACGACAGACAGAAAGACAGUUUGCUUGCUAGUAGUUCUGAGGAUGAGAUGGAGGAAAUCAUCAGACAGAGGAAUAAAGCACUCCGGUCCGCGGCACUGCAACGAAAUUCCAACACAGAGAUGAGGUCAGAACAGGAGCGCCUGACACAAACGGGGAGGCAGGAAGAGCCAGGAAACCCGCCACCCGCGCCGCCCCGUCAGAGCACGUCGGCCACCAGUAUUUUUCCUCCACCAUAUGGGAAACCCGGGCGCUCUGAGACUGGCGUUCAUCCUGUAGUCUGUGAGCAGCGGGGAGACGAGCCCCCCAAAAAUCAGGAAGAAACAAAAGAAAGCGAUAUGAAGUCAGAGAUUAGCGAGGAAAGCGAGUCAGAAGAGGGCUUUAUCGAGGUCUCUGAGGAGGAGUCCAUAAAAGAAGAUGCAGAGGAUUCGGCUGUAAUAACGGGGGAGGACAGGCCUACCGGUGAGGUCUGUAAAGAUGGAACAAAGGCAGAGGAACAAGGGAGAAAUGUGGCAGCUGUUGUACUAAACUCCGAAGAGGAGGAAGACGAUGAGAGCUCAAAUGAAGAGAACGAGAAAAAAAAGGAGGAGACAAACGUUGAACCCGGAGCAGCGCCAGCCGCCAGCGAAUGGGACCACCUCGACACGGAGGAGCUGGAGGCUCUGGAGAGCUCUCUGGAGUUGGAGCAGAACAACCUGAAGGAGCAGAGGCAGCAACAGGAGAGGAUGGCCAACACAGUGACUGGGCAGAUGUACCUGGAAAGCCAGGAGCUGCUGCGACUGUUCGGCGUCCCGUUCCUGGUGGCUCCCAUGGAGGCGGAGGCUCAGUGCGCGGCUCUGGACCGGGCCGACCAGACCAACGGCACCAUCACAGACGACUCGGACGUGUGGCUGUUCGGGGGGCGACACGUGUACAGGAACUUUUUCAGCCAGAACAAAUACGUCGAGCACUACCAGUACAGCGACCUGCAGAACCAGCUGGGUUUGGACAGGACUAAAAUGAUAAAUCUGGCUUAUCUGCUCGGAAGCGACUACACAGAAGGCGUGCCGGGAGUUGGAUACGUAACUGGAAUGGAGAUACUGAAUGAGUUUCCAGGGCUAGGCUUGGAGCCUCUCGUACAGUUGAGUACGUGGUGGUUACAGGCUCAGGAGAAAAAGCGGCUGGUGGCUGAUCCCCGGGAUACCAAGGUUAAGAAGAAACUCAGGGACUUGAAACUUCAGCCCGGUUUCCCGAACCCUGCCGUCGCUCAGGCAUACCUGCAGCCCGCCGUCGAUCAGUCGGAGAGCUCCUUCAGCUGGGGGCGCCCUCAACUCGACAUGAUUAAAGAAUUCUGCCUGAGUCGUUUUGGAUGGAGCAGUCGGAAGACGGAGGAGACUCUUCAGCCUGUGAUGAAACAGCUCAACAGCCAACAGACUCAGCUGCGGAUAGACUCGUUCUUUCGCAUGGAACAACAAGAGAAGCAGGCCAUCCGCAGCCAGCGCCUCCGUCGAGCCGUCACCUGCUUAAAGAGGAAGGAGAGGGAAGGAGGAGAGGAUGAAGACAGCGAGGAGGAAACGCCUUCCCCAUCCAAAUCCAGGAGAGAAGCUCUGAAGAACAGUGAGGGACGGCAGAGCGAGGAGAGGCCUUUGUCAGGCGGGGGGUUUCUCGCUCCGGAGGCUAUGGAUGAAUUUCCCCUAAUGGAGGUCAGCUCCGCUGCUCCGCAGGCUCCCUCUGGAAAAGCUCUCCCUCAGAGGGCCGGGCGGAACAACAGCAACACCAGCAGCAGCUCGGGCGAGGACAGUGAUGAUGGAAGGGGAGUUGCCAUGGUCACGGCCCGAUCCGUGUUCGAGGGCAGCCGACGAGGCCGUGGCACAAAGGCCACCAGAGGAAGAGGGAGCACGAGAGGAAGAGGAAGGGGCAAGAAGCUGUGAAAACCACAUAGACUUAAAAAUUCAAUGUGAAACACACUCCAAUGUGUCCAUGAUGUUUUUUAUUUAUGGUCAUACUCGUGAAUUUUGGAAAAGAUGGGACAGAAAAUAUAUUUUUUUCUGAAUAAAAAAUUUCUAAAUAAAAAUCCUUAA